CCUCCCACGUGAACUUUGGAAAGUCUUGACUGUGUUGAAGUAUUCACAACUUGUCUGAGUGUUUCUUCUGUUUCAUCUCACGCCUGCUUCUGAAGCUCUUCAGGCUCUGUUGAGACAGUAUUACCGGAAUAAUGCUGCUGUUAUGGAUAACAUUGUCCUUUGCAUGGCCUGGUACAAUGGGAUUUAUGAUCCGUAGUGUUAAAGAAGGUUUGUGUCUAGAGGACGGUCUUCAUAGUAUAGUUCACUUAAAGGAAUGCGACUCCGACUCGGAUCACCAGCAGUGGUUCUGGACAGAAAAGUGGUACCUGGUAAACACGGGCACCUUCAGAUGUCUCUCCUCUCUCGACAAUGUCCAAGCCACUGCUUGUUAUGGUGGUGACCACAUCCAGUGGCGUUGUGAAAAUCAACAGAUUCUCAGCGUAAGAAAUUCACUGGGAUUGAGUGCAGAGAGGCGAAAAGUCAGUCUGGUCGCAGAUCAACACAGGUGGUCGACUCUAGAUGGGGGUGACAUCUGUCAAAACAAAAUAAGAUCCAAAAGACAAAGCCAUGCAGAUUUUGAGUCUGAGUUUGAAGAGCCGGAUCACAGAAUGACAGAGGAACAAGUGAAGUUUUUACAGUGGUUUUACCGCACAGAGGACAUAACAUCAUGGACAUUUGCCAUGCUUGGAUUCGCUUUUCUGGGUCUUCUGAUUGGUUGUAUGCUGUUGGUCAUGGGAAUGAUGGGCAACAGGAGCAGAAAACAAAUAGCCAGGUACAGGGCAUCCACAAAAGUGAUGGCAGUGAAACCUGAAAUGGAGGAAAUGCAGGUCAUGACGGAGAAGAUCACAGAAGAGAAAAACUUAUCCGUUCCCCUCAUGCAGAACAGCCAUACAGAAGAUUCUUUAAACGACAGUAAAGUCACAGAUGAACUGAAGCCUGGAGAGAUCCUGGUGACCUGGAAGGAUGGCAACGUGUCCACGUUAUAUCCUGAACCCAUAGCGGAUGACAAGGUGGAAGAAGACCACAUUGAGGGUCAAGAUAUGGAAACCCUCUGCCCAAACACCCACAAUUCAUCUAUUUAAGUUAGACCUUUCAAAAACAUCACGUUGUUUGUCAUUUUUUAUAUAUAUAUUAGAAGCGAAGAUGACAUCUUGGUUUAUAGCCACAUAUAUUUGGUUCUGUAUUUCUCAUUUUUAUAAUGAAAAAUAAAGGUGCUUUAAAGGUUCUUCACAGUGUUGCCAUAGAAGAACCAUUUUUAGUUCCACAAAGGUCCAGUCAAAUGUUCUUUAAAGAACCAGCUCUUUCAUACUUUUUUAUAAUCUGAAGAACCAUUUUGCACUACAAAGAACCUUAUGAAACCAAAAGAUUUUUCUAUGUCAUCGAAGAACCUUUUAAAGCAUUUUUUGUGUGUAGUUCAAAACUUUGCUUUGCUUAGAAUGGAAAGUUUAUAGUUGGUAAAAGAGAUCAAAUGUUAUUAAAAAAAUGAAUUACCAGAACUGUGUCAUGUGAUUAAAAUGUUGUUUUGUUCCGUCCAAUCAAUUGUAAGUUCUUUUCCUAUGUGUUUCUCCAUGUGAUAUCAUACAUUUGGGAAUUAAAAUAGGGCUGUCAAAUGAUUAAUCGCGAUUAAUCAUGCCCAGAAUAAAAGUUUGUGUUUAUA